CAAAUUCACAAGACGAGAGACAGAAGAGGAGGUAGUAGAGAGAGAAGGGCCGAGUAAGUAGGUGGGUAGUACGGGAGCGUACCGAAUGAUGAUGAGUCCUUGGACUCUACAACAGCCAAGCGCUAUCUGAAGCGAGAAGAGAAGCAACCAGCCCGUAGGACAAGACGUGUCGGGAGGAGGAAGAACAAGUAGCCAGGGAGCAGCAGCCAUCGCCAUUCCUGCCUGGUUUUGCUCCUGCUGUUAUGAGGAGCUGGACUAGAUGAGGGGAAUGCUCUUUGCUGGUAGCGCACGAGAAGGGCACGCGGGGACACUGCUGCAACUGCAACUGCAACACCAACGACAGGGGCUCGCCGCCGGCAAAGUCUCAGGCGCCGGCGACCUCUGGGAGCCCACCUCGGUGCUUGACCGCCGACACAGCCCCAGCCCGAGCCCGCCGACCUCGGUUCCCACGCUGUCGUCGCCCCUGGGCGCCGCGACCGCCGGUGUGGCGGCCCUCGCCGGUGCUAACGCCAAGAACGUCUCCCCGCCGCCGGUGGCGGCGGCGGCAUGGCCAGGGGGAGGAGGGGCGGAGGAGGCCGUGGCGGGGGGCAAGGAGGAGUGGCAGCUCACACCGCUUGACAUGGGCCUUGGCGCCGGCGAGGGGUGGGACGCGGCCGACGCCGCGGCGCCGCCGGGGCUCGCCCCCGACCACACCUUCCUCAGGUGGAUCAUCGGCGGCGAGGACGCGUCUGCGGCCAUGGGGUCUGUCAUGGACCCGCCGGUCCUUGAGCUGGACCACGCGCCGUCCAUGAUGUCGCCGGCGUUUGGGUCCACCAUGCCGUUCGCGCCGGCCAUGGAGGACGCCAAGCCGGUGCCCUUCGGCCACACGCCCAACUUCCUGCUCCACCACUGCCACCAGCACCACCCCCAGCCGCACGCCGCCUUCUUCGGCUCGCACCCGUCCCUGGACGCGGCGCCGCAGCCGAAGCGACCACACCCGAUGGCCGGGGCGCCGGCGCCGAAGCUGCCGUCUUUCCCUGGGCCUGUCGCCCAGGCGGGCGGCGGGUUCGCGUCGGCCUUGAAGCCCAAGGCGGAGGCGGGUAACGACGAGGCGGCCGCUGCGGUGGACCAGCUUGCCGAGGCGGCCAGACUUGCCGAGGCCGGCGACGCCUUCGGCGCCCGCGAGAUAUUGGCGCGGCUCAAUUAUCGGCUCCCCGCCGUGCCCACGGCCGGGACGCCGCUGCUCCGCUCGGCCUUCUACUUCAAGGAGGCCCUGCGCGUUGCGCUCUCCCCGACCGGCGAGGCCCUUGCGCCCCCGGCGGUGUCGACGCCGUACGACGUGGUCCUGAAGCUCGGCGCGUACAAGGCCUUCUCCGAGGUGUCCCCCGUGCUCCAGUUCGCGCACCUGACCUGCGUGCAGGCGGUGCUGGACGAGCUCGGGGCCGCCGGGCGCAUCCACGUGCUGGACCUGGACAUCGGCAUGGGCGAGCAGUGGGCGUCGCUGAUGCAGGAGCUGGCGCAGCGCAGCCCCGCGGCGACGCUCAAGGUGACCGCAUUGGUGUCGCCGGCGUCGCACCACCCGCUGGAGCUGAACCUCAUCCACGAGAACCUGUCGGGCUUCGCCCGCGAGCUCGGCGUGUUCCUCCAGUUCGCGGCGUACAACGUGGACGCCCUGGACCCCGCGGAGCUGGUGGCCAUCACCAGCGGCGACGCCGUGGCCGUCCACCUCCCCGUGGGGUCGGCCCACGUGGCCGCAAUGCCGGCCGUGCUCCGCCUCGUGAAGCGGCUCGGCGCCAAGGUGGUGGUGUCCGUGGACCGCGGCUGCGACCGCACGGAGCUGUCGUUCAGCACGCACCUGUUACAGGCGUUCCAGUCCUGCGUGUCCCUGCUGGACUCCAUCGACGCCGUGGGGGGCGCGGACGCCGAGGCGGUCGGCAGGAUCGAGCGCUUCAUGGUCCAGCCCGACGUGGAGCGGCGCGUAGUGUCGCGCCACCGCGCGGCAGUGGCCGUGGACAAGCCGCCGCCGCUGCCGUGGCGGACCGUGCUCGCGUCGGCGGGGUUCGUGCCGGUGCAGGCCAGCACGUUCGCCGAGUCGCAGGCCGAGGCCCUACUCAAGCGGAUGGCGCUGAUGGGGUUCCGCGUCGAGAAGCGCGGCGGCGCGCUCUGCCUCUACUGGCAGCGCGGCGAGCUGGUCUCCGUGUCGGCGUGGCGGUGCUGACCGCCGGGAGUACGCCGCCGCCGCCGCAACCAAGAGCCAGCCGUGAAUCUACCACAAGCCCGGGUUAGCUAGGACUAAUGAUCCUACUACUGCAAGCAAAAAAAAUAUUUUCCACCGUCGUCGUUUGUAACGAUCUCAUCUGGUCUGGUCUCGUCUGUCUGCUUAUUAGUGUGUCCUACCCGAUUAAUCGUGGAGUACGUCGUCCGUUGCCUGGCUUUGCAGCCUCGGUGGGCUCUGCUCAUGUUGAUUUGCGGAGCGCGCCGUGGUUUGCAGGUUGUAAAACGUAGGCGUGGUGCAGUGCAGUGACCAGCGCAUCCUACCGCCCGUCGUGUUGCUACUCUUUUUUUUCCAUUGCUGUGAAAUCAAUUAAUGGUUAUGGCGUU